AUGGUGAACUGGAGGAUUAGGCAAGAAUGGGAGGAAUACGAUCUCCAAAGCUCAUACGCUGACAAUCCAUGUAUGUUCUCCUAUGGAACCUUUUGGUGUGAACCUUUUGGUGGGACUCCUAUGGAACAAGAUGAACCAAAUAGUGAAAAAGCAGGUGAAUACAGUCAAGCUAGUAAAGACAGUCAUGAUAGUGAUGACACUGAAGAUAGUGAAUACACUCAAGAUAGCGAUUACAUAGUUGAUGAAGAUAAUUUGUUAGAUGAUCCAGAGGUUGAUAUGAAGAACUUUCACCUCAACAUUGACAAAGAGGUGGAGUGGGUUGGAAGUUUUCCUGAUGAUCGAGAUGAAGCAGUAGAAGGUAAUGAAGAAUUAGAGGUUAUAAACACUGAAGAAUUUGUAUCUGCAUCUUCAUUAGAUGAGGGUGAAGCUAGUAAAAAAAGGAAGAAGAUAAGAGAUUUACAAAGAGCACAUAAGAAUGAAGCAGCUGCUGUCAAAGAUCCAUUUUACAUCCACCAGACUUUUAGCACAGCCAAGGAAGUUAAACAAUAA